UUGGCCAGCAAACUGCAGCUAAGUGUCCUUGGCAAUUUGAGCGCUCUUUACAAAUCAGUGUUGACGUAUUGAUUAGUUGACUUCACGCUGUUUUCUAGACUGUAAUUUUACUCCAGCUUCAAAAUGGACACACCUGAACCUACUAUACAAAACGUUUUGGAUUCAAAUUCAUUGCGUUGGAUUUUCGUAGGAGGCAAAGGAGGAGUUGGCAAAACUACAUGCAGUUGUAGCAUUGCAGUUCAAAUGGCUAAGGUGCGUGAACGAGUCCUCAUUUUAAGCACUGAUCCUGCUCAUAACUUGUCAGAUGCAUUUGACCAAAAAUUUUCAAGAAAUCCUACUAAAGUAAAGGGUUUUGAUAACCUCUUCGCUAUGGAGAUAGAUCCAAAUGUUAACUUAGGAGAGUUGGAAGAAGAUCUUGUUGGUUCAGAAGAAGCAGCAGUUUCUGCUGACAUAAGAAAGACUAUAGCUCAUCUGAUGACAUCCUUUCCUGGAGUGGAUGAAUACAUGUCUUAUACAGAAGUGUUUCGUUUAGUUCGUAAUAUGGAUUAUUCAGUUGUGAUUUUCGACACAGCUCCUACAGGUCAUACACUAAGAUUGUUGGCAUUUCCGGAGGCAAUGGAAAAAAGUCUCAGCAAAGUAGUUUCUAUGAAAAAUCAGUUUGCCCCAUUUCUGAAUCAAUUGAUGAGUCUUGUUGGAAUGAAUAGUACACAAGGCGGUGAUUUAACGAAUGCUUUAGAAACGCGCUUACCUAUUGUUAAAGAAAUAACUAGACAAUUUAAAGAUCCCAACCAGACAACCUUCAUUUGUGUAUGCAUCCCAGAAUUUUUGAGUAUGUAUGAAACAGAACGUUUAGUUCAAGUAAGUCAGAAUGGCAUGAUUUGUGCGCCUAGAACUUUUAACUGUAAUUCAGGGUGCAGUUAUUUUUAAUGUUUCUUGUUUUUAAUCAACCUAUAAUGUUAUUCAGUAAGUGUAUAAUGUUCCUUGGUGGAUUGGAAAAGUGACCAUGACCCACUACUUCUUACUACAUAUCCAGAAAUGUUGCAAUAUGAUUAUUAUUUACUUGGAUUUCAAGUAGAAUAUAAGGCUUCAACAGCACAUCUCCAUGUAACUUUGUUCUCUGCAGUCCUAUUUAGCUGAAUCCACGACUGCGCAUAAACCUUCAUCUCAUCUAUGUUACUGUCAUACCCAUGCUCAACUCAUCUUUUCCCAUUGGGGUUCUGUCAGAGGACCCGAUGUGUGACUUCACUCAAAAGUCUCUUCAGAGUCUGUCCAACUCACCUCCAUCCUCUUUGAUGUAUUUGUCGGUCAGUAGGUUCUCGGUUGGUUCGUUGCUUUAAUUCCUUGUUGCUGUUUGUUUCUGGCCAUCUGAUGUUCAAUAUGAGGCGAAGACAGCUGUUGGCAGAAGCCUGCAGCAGACUGUUCGAAAUGCUUGUAGUGACGGAUUAAAUUUAAGGAUUAUAUCCAAGAUCUGACCGAUUUGACAUUAGUGUUAAAAAUCCGAUUGUUGUGUCCGCACCACAGCAGUUAAAACGCUCCCCGACGAUGCACAUGGUCCGGGGUUCGAUACACUGCCGACGCACACCUGAUACCUGAUAUCUAUGGUCGGCCCGCAAAAUUUGGGUUACCGAUAAAAUAUGCUGAAAAUUCCAUACUGGUACCAAAAAUACAGUGUGGAAUCA